AUGUCUUCACCAAAUGAUGUCAGUAUGGAAGAAAUACCACUGGAAGAUGAUGAGCGAGACAGCAUAGAAUACAAGAUCCUAAUGGCCUAUGCCCAGCGGCGGUUGUCUGUCAGUAAAUAUGGGAAACUUCUGAAAAAUGAGGCUAAUGUGAAGAAAUCAUCAUCCUUAAUCAGGAGACAAGGAAAGGUUGACCAUCAAAGGGACAAAGAUGGACCAAGUCAAAUAUUAGUUUAUCAGGGUGUCAUGAUGCAACAGCACAGCAAAGAGCAAGCGAAAACGAAAUGCUUGCCUGCCUUUUGUCUGCCUUUUCUCUGCAGCAGAGAAGAGCAGGAAAAGCCCCCAGUGGUGUUACCACAAGGAAGUCACACGGCACAUUUCACCAUUCCUGAGGCACAAUCUGAAAGCCUUCCACAAGGGAAUUCUCAGCAUCCAACAAGUGAAACAGCAGAUGUUAACCACAUUGCAGACAAACUUGCCAAGCUUGUUACUUCCAGAUCCCAGGAAUCUCCUUCAGAUGUGUCAUUCAAGAUAGUGUAUCAUGCCCCAUGUCAGAAACAAGAUGAUAGCCAUCCUGCUGAUGGACGUGAGGGCGAGGAACAUGAUGAAGAAAAGAUAAUAGAAACAAUAGUUGCACUGUUAAGACAAUCAGGGGACCGACUAGAAGAAAAGAUCAAAAAGGACAGGGUUUUCUAUCAGCAUUUUCAAGGCAUGCUGUCCUACACCUUCUUCAAGAGGAUCACUGAUUUGUUCCUGGAGGAUGUCUCAGCAGAUUCAACAAGCGAGACAACAGACCAAGUACAAUUCACAAAAGUUGCCUUUACAAUGGAAGUUGCUACCAGACUUACUGCUGUGGACAACCAUCCUAUGAACCUGGUCUUGGGCUUCGGGUUAAAGUACCUCAGAGAACACUUCAGGCCAUGGAUUCAGGACCAGGGUGGCUGGGAGAAGGCUUUGACUUCACUGGAUCAGGAAGAAGUAGAGUAAUCAUCACUGAAUUCAUUCUUCAGAGUGCAGGAGCCUUCGGUUAAGGAACACACAGGAUCUUAACCACAAUCUGAUGCCAGAAUUAUUAGUGGCUAGGUAUUUUUAGUUUUUCCAUGGAGGAUUGGAGUGUUGCAUGGCUAACUCUGAUGGGUACAGUUCCACUUUCUUAAAAUCAGUACUGAUGUAGAAGUGUUCUUCGGUGGAUAUGGAGGCAUCUCCAACUCCCCUGACAGUGGAUAGAUCAGCCCCACAGACAGUGAUUUUAGGUACCUUUCUGAGUAGAGAUGCUUGCCACUACUCCUAUGGAUGCACGUUAAAUUGCAGGCUGGGGGAAAAUAUCAAAGUAUGCAGUCGGGAACAACUGCGCUGUGAUCGACCAAGCAAGACACAUGCUGCCACCUCCGUGUGGUUCAUAGUGGUAGCAUCUAUUAUCAAUCCCACAGUCUCUUGUUACAAGACAUACCUACACACCACUAUCAGUUUCCUCUCUCUCCUCCCCUCUUUCUUUGAUUAGAUUCUCCAAAGUACUGAUGCCAUUUUAUACUUCUGAAAGGGACCGAGUAAGAUAAAUGAGGGCUUUUUAGUCCAGUGCCUCCUCUGUUCCCCCAAGAAAAGAGACUUCCUCAGAUGCUUUUAAUUUGAACUCUUCUGUUUUAAACCCCUUCAAAGCAUAGCACGAUAGAUGUUGGCUUUUACAGCAUUAUUUUGUCCGUUAAUGUGGAAUAUACAAGCAUUGCGUGAGCUUUGUAGUUUGAGAAAUAUAAAACUUAACCUACCGUGUCAGUUUUCCUCCUUAUUCAAAAGGAGCUGAAUGCUCUGUGCAAUCUCAGGGAUUUCUCCAUAAACUGAACUGGCCCUUCAGCCAUUGAAAACCAGGGAUCUGAUUAGAGUUCUUGAAUCUGUAUGUGUGGCAGUGAAAGGAAUAACAGUGCCUCAUUUAGAGUAGAGGCAGAUGUCAAUGAAACUAUUCAUGAUUUUGAGGCUUGGUUUGUGGCCUGUUUAGUUGGUGACUUUUGGAUUUCCAUCCCCCCCCCCCCCAAAUCUCCAGUGGAGAAAGAGGGAAUCUGGGACAUCUGCUGAAGCUGUGAAGCUGUGGCAUUGCUUCUGUGACUUUCCAGUACAAACAGGUAAUGUUUCCUGAACAGGCUCUCUGCCUCUCAGUAGGAUCUUCUUCCACUACGGGUGCUCAUUCUGUACAAGUACA